UGUCUUCUCCCCUAGGGCUACCAGGGCAUGGUGGACGGAGGCUCGAAUAUCGUGGAGGCCGACUGGGAGAGCGUGUCCAGCAUCCUGCAAGUGGGCGGGACCAUCAUCGGCAGCGCCCGGUGCCAGGCCUUCCGGGCCCGCGAGGGCCGCCUGAAGGCCGCGUGCAACCUGGUCCAGCGUGGCAUCACCAACCUGUGCGUGAUCGGCGGCGACGGCAGCCUGACGGGGGCCAACGUCUUCCGGAGGGAGUGGAGCGGCUUGCUGGAGGAGUUGGCCAGGACCGGCCAGAUCGACGAGGAGGCCGUGCAGAAGUACGCCUACCUCAACGUGGUGGGCAUGGUGGGCUCCAUCGACAACGACUUCUGCGGCACGGACAUGACCAUUGGCACCGAUUCGGCGCUGCAUCGCAUCAUUGAGGUCGUAGACGCCAUCAUGACCACGGCCCAGAGCCACCAGAGGACCUUUGUCCUGGAGGUCAUGGGACGCCACUGUGGGUACUUGGCCCUCGUGAGUGGCCUGGCCUGUGGCGCCGACUGGGUGUUCCUUCCGGAGGCUCCGCCAGAAGAGGGCUGGGAGGAGCAGAUGUGUGUCAAGCUCUCCGAGAACCGGGCCCGGAAAAAGAGGCUGAACAUUAUCAUCGUGGCUGAAGGAGCCAUCGACACCCAGAAUAAGCCCAUCACCUCCGAGAAGAUCAAGGAGCUCGUGGUCACCCAGCUGGGCUACGACACCCGCGUGACCAUCCUCGGACACGUGCAGAGAGGAGGGACCCCGUCGGCGUUUGACAGGAUUCUGGCCAGCCGCAUGGGCGUGGAGGCCGUCAUCGCUCUGAUGGAGGCCACCCCCGAGACCCCGGCGUGCGUCGUGUCGCUGAGCGGGAACCACGCGGUGCGCCUGCCUCUGGUGGAGUGCGUGCAGAUGACCCAGGACGUGCAGAAGGCCAUGGACGAGAGGAGGUUUAAGGAUGCUGUCCGGCUCCGCGGGAGGAGCUUCGAGGGCAACCUCAAGACCUACAAGCGCCUUGCCAUCAAGCUGCCAGACGACCAGAUACCCAAGACCAAUUGCAAUGUGGCUGUCAUCAACGUGGGCGCGCCAGCCGCGGGAAUGAAUGCGGCCGUGCGCUCGGCCGUGCGCGUGGGCAUCGCCGAUGGCCACCGGAUGCUGGCCAUCUACGACGGUUUUGACGGCUUCGCCAAAGGCCAAAUCAGAGAAAUCGGCUGGACAGACGUCGGCGGCUGGACCGGCCAGGGGGGCUCCAUCCUCGGGACAAAACGCAUCCUGCCGGGGAAGUACCUGGAGGAGAUAGCAGCCCAGAUGCGCGCCCACGGCAUCAAUGCUCUGCUCAUCAUUGGCGGGUUCGAGGCCUACCUGGGACUCCUGGAGCUGUCGGCUGCCCGGGAGAGACACGAGGAGUUCUGUGUCCCCAUGGUCAUGGUGCCCGCCACUGUCUCCAACAAUGUGCCCGGCUCCGAUUUCAGCAUCGGGGCGGACACGGCCCUGAACACGAUCACCGACGCUUACCUCGGCGCAAUCCAGAUCGCGGAGGCCAGGGGCCGCCACCCGGAGCUCUGUGUCCCUGUGUGUGUGGUGCCCGCCACGAUUAGCAACAGUGUCCCAGGCACAGAAUUGAGCCUGGGCUGCGACACGGGCCUGAACACGGUGGUCGAGACGUGUGACCGCAUCAAGCAGUCGGCCAGCGGGACCAAGCGACGCGUGUUCAUCAUCGAGACCAUGGGGGGCUUCUGCGGCUACCUGGCCAACAUGGGCGGGCUGGCAGCCGGCGCCGACGCCGCCUACAUCUUCGAGGAGCCCUUCGACAUCCGGGAUCUGCAGUCCAACGUGGAGCACCUGACGGAGAAGAUGAAGACCACCAUCCAGAGGGGCCUCGUGCUCAGGAACGAGAGCUGCAGCGAGAACUACACCACCGACUUUAUCUACCAGCUCUACUCCGAGGAGGGCAAGGGCGUGUUCGACUGCAGGAAGAACGUGCUGGGCCACAUGCAGCAGGGUGGAGCGCCUUCUCCGUUUGACCGAAACUUCGGAACCAAAAUCUCCGCCCGAGCCAUGGAGUGGAUCACCUCGAAGCUCCAGGAGUCCCAGGGCUUAGGAAAGAAAUUUGUCACCGACGAUUCCAUCUGCGUGCUGGGAAUAAGCAAAAGAAACAUCGUUUUCCAGCCCGUGGCAGAGCUGAAGAAGGAGACGGAUUUCGAGUGA